AAAAUAAAUGGAAUGAGUCGGGUACAGGCCGUCCAAAGUAGAACAAGCACACACCCCAUAUGACCCUGCCCUAACCAUUUCUUUCUCAUAGAAUCAAAUCAAUCAAUCAGUGACAAGAAGAAUCAAUCCUCCUCCAAAAUUAAUUUCUGUACUUUUAUGGAAGAAGAAGAAGAAUCUGAAGAACAUAAAGGCGGAGACGACGUCGUUUCUUCUCCCCAUCCACCUCCGCUCAUAUCCCCUUGAUUUCAUCGACACAUAAUUAAUUAAAUUAAUAUUACAUAAUUUCCAUACACAUAUAAACAUAUACAUAUCAUAGAGAAAAUAACAGAGGGGGUGAAAAAUAAAAAAAAUUACCGAGGAGGUGAGAUAGAGAAUGGGUAAAUCCAACCCAUUCUCGUUUCGCCGAAGCAACAGCAGCACAACCAGGCGACGCAAAACGACGUCGUUGAAGAAAUCAGGCGAGUCGCCGUUACUUCAACAACAACCGUCUCCGCCACCACCGCCACCGCUUGAGAAUGAGGAUUCGAAACAGACGAUGAUCACGAAACCGAAAAAGAAGGCGGUUGGAGCGAGGCUGUGGAUGAGGUUUGAUAAAAAUGGAGAAUCAGAAGUAUCAGAGUGUGAUAAAAAUACAAUUAUAAAAAGAACCGGAAUUCCUCCUAGAGAUUUAAGAAUCCUUGGCCCUAUUUUCUCUAAUUCUUCCAAUAUCCUUGCUAGGGAGAAGGCAAUGGUUGUUAAUUUGGAAUAUAUAAAGGCCAUAGUCACAGCAGAAGAAGUUCUUUUGCUUGAUCCUCUACGCCAGGAGGUUCUACCAUUUGUGGAUCAACUGAGGCAUCAACUUUCUCGCAAAACCCAUUCCAAUAAUUCUGGUACACGUCAGCUUGCUUUACGUGAUACGGAAUCAAACUUAUCAGCUUCUGGACGAUGGCUACCUGUUCCUGAAAACUCUGAAAGUUUGCAAGAAGAGCUUCCAUUUGAAUUCCAAGUUUUGGAAAUUGCAUUGGAGGUGGUGUGCACAUAUUUGGAUUCAAGUGUGGCUGAUCUUGAAAGGGAUGCAUAUCCUGUUCUAGAUGAACUGGCUAAGAAUGUCAGCACCAAGAAUCUUGAGCGUGUACGGAGUUUGAAAAGCAAUCUUACUCGUUUGCUUGCACGAGUACAAAAGGUAAGGGAUGAACUUGAACAUCUUCUUGAUGAUGAUGAAGAUAUGACACAGCUUUAUCUAACAAGGAAGUGGUUACAAAAUCAACAAAAUGAGGCGUUCUUGGGAGGUGUAGGUUCCGUAAGCAUCACAAAUGGUGCACACCAUUUAAGACGGCUUAGUUCUGUCAAGAGUGGAAGCAUGUUGACAAGUGCCAAUCAGAAUGAUGAUGAUGUUGAGGAUCUGGAGAUGUUGCUUGAGGCUUAUUUCAUGCAACUUGAUGGAACUCGUAACAAAAUCUUAUCGGUUCGUGAGUACAUCGAUGAUACAGAGGACUAUGUGAAUAUCCAACUGGACAACCAACGUAACGAGCUUAUUCAACUCCAGUUAACAUUAACCAUAGCAUCAUUUGCAAUAGCCUUCGAGACCCUGGUUGCUGGGUUAUUUGGCAUGAACAUCCCGUGUCAUUUAUAUUACAUGAACGGGGUAUUCGAGCCUUUUGUUGGAGGUCUUACAGCCGUUUCUCUUAUGCUUUUUCUGCUGCUUCUUGGAUACGCUAGAUGGAAGAAGCUGCUCGGUUCUUAAUAAGUGAAAGUCAACCCCUCUGCAAAAAGAAAUCAACUCAAAAUUGUAUCUGUAUUGUUGGAAAUAUCUUUGGGUUUUGAAUUUGUGUAGGUUGCUGCAUUACAUGUAUCAUGGUGAUGUUACAUUUGAUGAUAAUGAUUAUUGCAACUACAAGUUAUUGAUGAUUUAGUUUGCCUCUUUCUCUUUUAAAA